UGCCGAUGCGGAGGUCGGUCUGCAGGCAAACAAGCAGGCAGGCAGGCAGGCAGCGCAGCUACAGCCGGGAAAGCUAGGGUGCUGUCCAGGAGGAGCCGGCCCGGCCCGGGCAGCGGCCAUGAUUAAAAGAUUCCUAGAGGACACGGAGGAAGCAGAGCUGGCUGUGUUUGUAAAAGAGUUCCCUGGGGGUGAUGUCCCCCAUCCUGAGGCAAUGGGCCCUUCCCAACUAUGCCUCCCUGCUAUCCUGGAUCCCUAUGAAGAGUCUGAGACCAAAGAGUCUAGGAGUUCCUCUCGGAUCCAGCCAGAAACCCAAGCUCACCUCUGCAUCUCUUCCUCAAGCAUGCUCAGCUUCUCAAGCAGGCCUCGAAGCCCCUGGGGCAGGCUGGACCCUUAUGACUCCUGUGAGGAUGAUAAGGAGUAUGUGGGAUUUGCCACUCUCCCCAACCAGGUUCAUCGAAAGUCUAUGAAAAAGGGCUUUGACUUCACCCUCAUGGUGGCAGGAGAGUCCGGGCUAGGCAAAUCCACCCUUAUCAACAGUCUCUUCCUCACUGACAUGUACCGGGACCGAAGAUUAUUGAAUUCUGAAGAACGGAUCAUGCAAACAGUGGAGAUCACUAAACAUACCAUGGACAUCGAGGAGAAAGGUGUCAAGCUGAAGCUCACAGUCGUGGACACACCAGGUUUUGGAGAUGCUGUGAACAACACUGAGUGUUGGAAGCCAGUGGCAGAUUACAUUGAUCAGCAGUUUGAACAGUAUUUCCGGGAUGAAAGCGGCCUCAACCGUAAGAACAUUCAGGAUAACAGGGUGCAUUGCUGCCUGUACUUCAUCUCUCCCUUUGGCCAUGGGCUCCGACCCUUAGAUGUGGAGUUCAUGAGGGCCCUGCAUCAUCGAGUCAACAUUGUGCCCAUCUUGGCCAAGGCUGACACGCUGACACCCAAUGAAGUAGAGCACAAGAAACGAAAGAUUCGAGAGGAAAUUGAGCACUUUGGAAUCCAGAUCUAUCAAUUCCCAGCCUGUGACUCUGAUGAAGAUGAGGAAUUCAAGUUACAGGACCAGGCUUUGAAGGACAGUAUCCCUUUUGCUGUCAUCGGCAGCAACACUGUGGUGGAGGCCAAAGGACGGCGUGUUCGGGGACGGCUCUAUCCCUGGGGUAUUGUAGAAGUGGAAAAUCCAGGGCAUUGCGACUUUGUGAAGCUGAGGACCAUGCUGGUACGCACCCAUAUGCAGGAUCUUAAGGAUGUGACAAGGGAAAUACAUUAUGAGAACUAUCGGGCACAAUGCAUCCAGAGCAUGACUCGAAUGGUGGUGAAGGAAAGAAAUCGCAACAAGCUGACUCGAGAGAAUAUUUCUGACUUCGCCAUCCCAGCAGCAUUCCUGUCUGGGAUUGACAUAGAGACUGAGAAGCUGCUCCGGGAGAAAGAUGAGGAGUUGCGAAGGAUGCAGGAGAUGCUGUAUAAAAUUCAGAGACAGAAGAAGGAGAAGAACUAGUUAGUUCCCUUGCCUUGGAUGUAUGUCUCCUCCUCUUUCUCCUGGCUCUUCCCAGCUCUUGAUCUGCUCUGGCCCCUCAAGCUACUGCCACUUCGCCUUAUGUCCCUGCUGCCUCCCUAGAGACUCAAAAGAAAUAAAGUCUAACAAAUCGGAAUCUGA